UCCUCUUUUUAUCAAUUCAUUUGGCAGUUUGCUAGUCAUCGGAAGGCAGUUUCAAUAGGAAAGCCAGCUAUGAGUUUCUUUUCAGUGUCGUGCUUUCUUUAUUUUUAGUAUCCUUUAGAAUUACUUGUACUACUUUAAGCCCUCCCAUGUGGGCAAUGUUGUCAUCGCAGGAGUUUGGAUUGUUUGCAAUAUUGUAUAGGAAUGAACACAGGAGGUUAGCGAAUAGCGAUGAUUACUGGGUGGUUGCUGCAUUUUGAUUAUUAGAUUGAUGGUCUAGGGAACCUUGUCUCCAAUGUUGUCUAAAAUUUGACUUAUCGUAUAUUAUACCAAUUGAGAGGUGAAAAAUCAGACCUAUAGUCUAUCAAAGAAAUCUCUGGACGUACUACACAGUGAUCCGUUGUUCCUGUGUGAUGGAUAUUUGUUGGAUUGUUUUCAUAGACGUCCACAAAUAUAACUGCUUUGGAUUUCAGUUACUGACAAUUCAGGUUUGACAAAUAGCUUGGGUACGUGGAUGAUUUUGCAUAGCACAGUGCUGUGUUAAUUGCUUUCAUCAGGCAUCCUGUUUGGUGCUUUAGUACAUGUCUGUCGUAGGCCUCUUGUGUUGUAUUAGGUUUAAUCUAGGUUAGUUAGGAAUCACUUGUUCAUUUGAAGUUCCCAAAUUCAGAAAAGUUUUGAAAUCCAGUAAUAUCCUCUUAUAUAUGGUCUUGGAGGAUAAGCACUUUCUCCUUUUCUCCUCCCUUCCUUGAGGUGGCCUUUAGAGUCAAUCCUUUGAAUGCCUUAGAUCAUAAGGUUCAUUUAUCUUUCUUCUCGUUUCUUAUCUUUCCUGUGCACAAACUUGUAGACAACCAGUCCUCAAAUAAGGUUUAAUGAGGGGGUCUUAUUGCGGUGCUGCUCUACAUUUAUUCUUCCUGAAUGUGUACACAUAGGAGAACGUAUCCAUGCAAGGACAAAGCUUUGACAAUGCAACAAAGAUCGUACAAUGGACUAUACAUGGGGUCCUCUCCGUCUAGUCAUGCAACUUCAGGAAAGGCAUUACAUUGUGGUCCACAUAACAUUUUAUUUAAGCCGAGGAACUACGCAAUUGCAACUUGUUGCUCUUUAAACCCAAACAAAGGGUGUUAUAGUCUUUAUUCGGAUAGUGAAUCACGUAACAGGAAGAAAUUGUUGAGAUACAUAGCUGUAAGAUCUGAGCUUGCUGGAACUGGGACUUCCGGUGCUUCUUAUCCUCUAUCAGGACGUCAUGUAGUUCCAAAAGUGAGAGGAAUUUGCUUUUAUGCUGUUACUGCUGUUGUCGCCAUUUUCCUUUUUGUGCUUAUGCUGGUGGCACAUCCUUUCGUGCUCUUGUUGGAUCGAUACCGUAGACAAGCUCAUUACUUUAUUGCAAGAAUUUGGGCACUUGCAACUGUCACUCCAUUGCUUAACGUUGACAUUAAGGGUUUCGAAAAUUUGCCGGCACCAGAUACCCCUGCUGUAUACGUGUCCAACCACCAGAGCUUUUUAGACAUAUAUGCUCUUCUUGCUAUUGGGAGAAGCUUCAAGUUUAUCAGCAAGACUUCUAUUUUUGUUUUUCCUAUUAUUGGUUGGGCCAUGAUCUUGAUGGGUGUUAUUCCUUUACGACGCAUGGACCCCAGAAGCCAAUUGGAAUGCUUGAAGCGGUGUACGGAUUUUCUUAAGAAGGGAGCAUCUGUUUUUUUCUUCCCUGAGGGUACUCGGAGUAAAGAUGGAAAGUUAGGGGCCUUCAAGAAAGGUGCAUUCAGUACUGCUGCAAAAACCGAAGUGCCUGUUGUUCCUAUCACUAUUAUUGGGACUGGUAAAAUCAUGCCUGCCGGAAGGGAGCGUAUACUAAAUCUGGGAUCUGUUAGAGUUAUUAUCCACAAGCCCAUUGAAGGAAGUGAUCCAGAAAUACUUCGAAAUCAAGCUAGAAACAUUAUUGCAGAUGGGCUUGUUCAUCAAGGCUGAUGCUGCUUAAAUUUUGUCCUUGCAUCCAAAUAGGUAACCCUUGUUGCGGACGGGGGUAAUAUGAUGUAUGAAUUUUCUGACGCAUUGUUCUACCAUGCAUUGAAAUUAAUGUAAUUUUUUUUUUUGAUUAUCCUUGAUGCACUUAACCUGUCAGUGUAGAAUAAUGCUAUAAAUACGAACAAUUCUUGCUAUCUUUUCUUA